UUAUAUCGAUUAGCAGGUCUGGUGUCGCUCACGUGAUUUUAAUGUUAGUCACAUGACUUGUUCCAGUGACAAAGUGGGAAAAUGGCUGCAUUCUUGCAGUGGCGACGAUUCGUAUUCUUUGAUAAAGAAAUAGUUAAAGAUCCAUCCGACAAUGGCAAAAAUUUCGUUGUCCCUGUCGGCAUCUCGGCCUGCGAUUCCGGACGUGGAUACGUCGUGCUUUUACAUAUGGAGGGUCAGAUCUGGUCAAUGGCACGCUCCUUGAAGUUAACUUCCUUUCAGGCAUACAAGCUGCGUGUAACGCACCUGUAUCAGCUGAAACAGCACAGCAUCUUGGUGUCAGUGGGUCAGGACGAGCAAGGAAUUAACCCACUGGUCAAGGUCUGGAAUAUGGACAAGCGAGACAGCGGGAAUCCCCUCUGCACGCGUAUCUUUCCCGCGAUUCCCGGAAACAAGCCCACGGAGGUUUCCUGCCUCAGCGUGCACGAGAACCUCAACUUUAUGGCUAUCGGGUUCACUGACGGCAGUGUGGUACUGACCAAAGGGGACAUCACUCGAGACAGGCACAGUAAGACACUCACGCUGCAUGAGGGCAGCAGUCCAAUCACAGGGCUCGCUUUUCGCCAGGCAGGCAAAGUCACCCAUCUCUUCGUCGCCACCUUGGAAAAAGUACAGUGCUACACCCUCUCAGUAAAGGAAUACCCCCGGGUGGAGCUGGACACACAUGGAUGCGCCCUGCAUUGCUCAGCCCUGACCGACCCCUCCCAGGACUCUCAGUUCAUCGUGGCCGGGGAUGAGUGUGUCUACCUGUACCAGCCAGAUGAGCGCGGGCCCUGCUUCGCCUUCGAGGGCCACAAGCUGCUGGCCCACUGGCACCGGGGUUAUCUUCUGCUGCUCACGCGGGACACCAAGUCGCCCAACAAGCCUGAAUUUGGCAGCCGGGAGACCUUGCCCACGGAGAAGCAGAUCCUGACUGUGUAUGACCUGGACAACAAGUUCAUUGCCUACAGCGCCGCCUUUGAUGACAUCAUCGAUGUUCUGGCCGAGUGGGGCUCAUUCUACGUCCUGACACGGGACGACAAGAUGUACGUGCUGCAGGAGAAAGACACGCAGACGAAACUAGAGAUGCUUUUUAAGAAGAACCUCUUCGUUAUGGCCAUUAAUUUGGCCAAGAGUCAGCAUCUGGACAGCGAUGGGCUCUCGGAGAUCUUCCGCCAGUAUGGGGAUCACCUGUACAUCAAGGGGGACCACGACGGGGCCAUCCAGCAGUAUAUCCGCACCAUAGGAAAACUGGAGCCAUCCUAUGUGAUACGUAAGUUCCUGGAUGCCCAGCGCAUCCACAACCUGACGGCGUACCUGCAGGCCCUGCACAGGCAGUCGCUGGCCAACGCUGACCACACCACACUGCUGCUCAACUGCUACACCAAGCUGAAGGACAGCUCUAAGCUGGAGGAGUUCAUCAAGAGCAGCGAAAGCGAGGUUCACUUUGACGUCGAGACGGCGAUCAGGGUCCUGCGCCAGGCUGGGUACCACAGCCACGCCGUCUUCUUGGCGGAGAAGCACGCUCACCACGAGUGGUACCUCAAGAUACAGCUGGAGGAUCUCAAGAACUACCAGGAGGCCCUGCGUUACAUUGGGCGGCUGCCCUUUGAGCAGGCGGAGAGCAACAUGAAGAGAUACGGCAAGACCCUGAUGCACCACGUCCCCGAUGGCACGACGCUUCUGUUGAAGGGCUUGUGCACGGACUACCAGCCCAGGCGGGACUCGGCUGACAGGGACAGCUUGGACAGGGCGCCGGGGAACAAGGCCAGCUCGGAGAUGUUCAUUCCCAUCUUUGCCAACAACCCACGAGAGCUGCGCGCCUUCCUCGAGCACAUGAUCGAGGUGGACCCGUUGUCGUCGCAGGGCGUGUACGACACGCUGCUGGAACUACGGCUUCAGGAUUGGGCGCAUGAGCAGAAUGUCGAGAAGAAGAAGGUCCUCCAGGAAGCAGCUUUGUCUUUGCUGAAGAGCGACAACACUGUCUUUGACAAGGCCCUCGUCCUGUGCCAGAUGCACAACUUCAAAGAGGGCGUGCUGUACCUCUACGAGAAGGGAAAGCUGUACCAGCAAAUCAUGCAUUACCACAUGCAGAACGAGGAGUACGGGCAGGUGGUGGAAGCAUGCAAGCGCUAUGGUGAGCAGGAGGCCUGCCUUUGGGAACAAGCCCUGGGCUACUUCGCCCGUAAAGAGGAAGACUGCAAGCCCUACAUCAGCGAGGUGCUGCAACACAUUGAGCACCACAAUCUCAUGCCUCCCCUGCUAGUUGUGCAGACACUGGCGCACAACUCCACUGCGACCUUGUCGGUCAUCAAGGACUACCUGAUAAACAAACUGCAGCGGGAAAGCCAGCAGAUUGAGAAUGACGAGCGAAGGAUCCGACAGUAUCAGCAGGAGACUACCCAACUGCGCUCCGAAAUCCAGGAGCUCCGAACCAGUGCAAAGAUUUUCCAGAAGACCAAGUGCAGCAUGUGCAACAGCCCUCUGGAGCUGCCGUCGGUCCACUUCCUGUGUGGCCACUCCUUCCACCAGCACUGCUUCGAGAGCUACGCGGAGAGUGAGGCCGAGUGUCCUACCUGCACCCCGGAAAACCGCAAAGUCAUGGACAUGCUGCGUGCUCAGGACCAGAAAAGAGACCUGCAUGAUCAUUUCGCCCGACAGCUGAGGUGUUCCAACGACGGCUUUUCAGUGGUGGCCGAGUAUUUUGGCAGGGGAGUAUUCAACAAGUUGACCCUGAUCACGGACCCCCCCGGAGGCAAGACGGGGACUGGGGGGUUAGAGGCAGACCUCCAGAGAGACCUGCUCAUGCACACGAAGCGAAAUGCCUGAAGGGGCAUUACUUGGGCUCUUGGUCGGCAUCGUUAUGUGGAGGUCUGAAGUACAGGCCAAAAAUCAGCUGCUGAUUGCGGUGAAGUUAGGUCCGGUGGGAAUGACGUAACUUUUUCUUGCAAAGAGCUUACACACUACCCAAUAUGUGCUCUGUAAUUCUGUGUAAAACAUAAAAUUUCAAAGUCCUGCUUGCACCUCAGAUAUUCACUGUUGACUUAUACUUGGGCGACGCUGCCACCAAACCCAAGGGUGAAUAUGAAGUCUGUUUUGUCAGUCCUGAUUUCUAAGCUUCAUAACUAUUGUAACUUGCUGGCAGUUCAAGGCGGUGACAUCAUUGGGCACAGGAACAUUUGUGUUUCUGUGUGUCAUUCUUAUGAAGUGAAUUAUGUAUCAAUUGGGAGCAAUUCAGUGUUCUAUGGGUAAUGUAUUUAAGUUGUGCCACACUGAUGUAGUAAUUUCUGUAAUAAAGGAUGUGUCCACAAAUUACAUAACUAACAGCACUUGACUGCAGUGCAAGAGAAAGCUAUGCGUUUGCUUUACUGUGAUUAAAAUCUCUUUGCACAACUGUCAGCAUGCAGUUUGCAAGCAUAGAAUGCAGCAAACACUGGUGGUGAUAAUAAAAUAAAACCUAAUUCACAUAUGUAACAUUUGACAUUAUUUUAAGUAUUCUGUUAUAUUGUCACAAUCCCUAACGUAAUAAAAAUAUACUGUGUGGGA